AUGCCGACCAUGUGUCUCGUGAGAAACUGCAGCACGACGUACCGUAGUGCGCCCAACGUACGGUUCCAUAACCUGCCGCGCGAGCAACACCGAAGAGCCCUGUGGCUUCGAGCCAUUGACCGUGACGGUCCGGACGACAUCGGCGACCGUGUGGGUCAUUUGUGUUCAGACCACUUUCUUCCGGGUGACUACGAGACGAACAUUCAAGUGCGGCAAAGCCUCGGCCUGGACACCAAGCACGCACGUCUCAAGUCAGACGCCGUGCCAACGCAGAAUCUGUGGUUCAGCGCGCCGCCCAGAAAACGAAGAAGGUCUGAGGACACCUCCGAAUGGUCGGACGUUGUAGACGUGGUCGUCGAAGCGUCAACUUCGCACCGAAUGGUUGACGGCUGGGCACAAACAACAAGAAACGUCGUUACGGCUUCUUGCCAGACUGACGGAGGCGACGUGCAAACGCGGUAUACACAGACAAACCUUACUGCUUGUGCAAGGAAAGACGUGCAUGUCCAGACUGAAGACAGGACCACUGCCAGUACUGCCCCUGUCUGCACUGCAGAUCCUCCUCCUCCUCCUCCUCCCCCACCACCUCCUUCAGUUCUUCCCCUGGCUGAACGAAUGCCCUCUCCCAUCCCACUCGUCUUCGAGGGUCCACAGCACACUUCCAGCCCCGUGGGAUCUGAUGCCUCAGACUCGGAGGAUGAAGAGGGCUCGGAGGAUGAAGUUGAGCAGUGCUCGGAAUUUUUCCCAUCGUUCAACGAGACCUUCGUGGGGUAA